CACGCGUGUUUAUAUCUUCGGCCAAGUUUCGUUUGAGAGCUCAUUCAGCUUGGCGCGUCCCGAUCUGAAGAUCGUCAGUUAACGUUGACGAUUUUUCGUUCGUAAUGUGAAUCUUAGAAUUCUGUCCCUUUGUGAACUUAUUAAACCGAUAUACGAAGACUUUGUCUCGACAAAGGGCAAGAAUUAAAUUAAACUUUAAUAAAACUCCAGUCGUUGAGACUUGAGUUUUGGAGCUCGCGUCUUGUGCUUGUGUCAAUGGUCAGUGAAGUGUACGAGAAGCUUGUGCGAACAUGUCAGUUCAAAGGGGUGGCACCGGGAGCUUUCGUUAUUGUUUUUAUUACUGUCCCCGCACCGGUUUCGAGAUUUACGACUUGGAGACGCCAGAGCAAGCGGAAGCAGCUGAGCAGGAAGAAGCUCGUAAUGGCGUGAACGUGGAAGGCUCCACCCACAGGCAGGUGGUGGACCUAAUCAAGUCGGGAGGCGACUGUCUCACGCUCACAGUCAUAUCUGUCACACAGAGGGAAGCGGAACGCCUAGAGCCAUGCGACGACGGCUCUGCCCCGGUAGGCGUCAUCGGCGGUGCGGCGAAUUCCCGCGCGACGGUCUACCAGCGCUACGACUACACCGACAAGCGGUCGCUGCCAGUCUCCAUCCCGGACUACCGGUUGGUGAUGGAGCGCAACACUGGGCGCUCCUACGUGGCCUUUAACGUGCAUAUGGCGGGAAGGCAUUUGUGCAGCCGCCGGUAUAGGGAGUUCGCGGCUCUGCAUCAGCAGCUGAGGAAAGAGUUCUUAGGUUUCAAUUUCCCAAAGCUACCAGGCAAAUGGCCAUUCACGCUAAGCGAACAGCAACUGGACGCCAGGAGAAGAGGUCUUGAACAGUAUUUAGAAAAGGUGUGCGCCGUCCGCGUAAUCGCCGAGUCAGACGCAGUCCAGGAGUUCCUAACCGACUCUGACGACUCGUCCAACCCCUCUCCAGUCGAACUCAAAGUGCUCCUGCCAGACAAGGAAGUGGUGACGGUGUCGGUCCUCAAGUCAACCAAUGCUGAUGACGUGUACCGCGCGGUGUGCGAGAAGAUUGGCCUGUCCAAGUCGCUGUAUGACUACUUCUAUUUGUUCGAGAUCGUCGAGUAUAAUUUUGAACGCAAACUCCAGCCCAACGAGUGUCCUCACUCCCUCUACAUCCAGAACUACUCGACGGCGUCGAGCUCGUGCCUGGCCAUCCGCAAGUGGCUGUUCAACCCCGCGCGCGAGGUGCAAGUCGUCAGCGAAGACCCCAAGGCCGCUGCCUUCAUCUUCUGGCAGGCAGUGGAAGACGUGAACCGUGGCGUGUGCGUAGCGGGCGCGCGUUUGUACCAACUGAAAGCGUUACAAGAUGUCCGUCGCGCGGCCGACUAUCUCGCUCUCGCUCGCACGCUGCCGGGCUACGGGGACAUCGCCUUCCCUGUCGCGCGCACCGACUCGCGCGCCACGCCCGCCGUCGCCGUCACCGUGGGUUGGAACGGGCUCAAGCUGACCGCGUGGAGCGAGGAGGGCGGACACACACCGGAGGCUUCAGUGGAGGUGCGCUGGCGCAGCGUGCGCUCCUGGCGCGCCGACGACGACGCCGCCGCCCUGCGCCUGCUGUACUCGCGCCGCGACCAGCCGCCGCGCGCGCUCGCGCUCCACACGCCCGCGUACCAGUUCUUAUGCAACUGCAUGGACAGAAUAGCGGAAGAGGCGAACUGGGUCGACACCGGCGAAUAAGCGUCUCUAGAAGUAAGCUCUCCCAUUGUAUUACACGCCGCCAUUUUAUGACAUACAUUUUCGCUCCCACUUUUCUCAUUUACAUUACGAUAAUGUAAACGUGAUAAUCGCUGGAUAUUAUCAUGUUUAAUAAUUUUAACAUAACGCAUGUUUUAAUUUUCUUUUAAAUUAAAUUACAUUCUAUUUAAUGCAGUUUUUUUAAAUGAAUAAAGGCGAUUUCACUUUCGAUUUUAUAUAUUUUUAGUCAAAUGAACUAUUUGAAUUUUACGAUUUAUAUUGGCAAUACUUCACAAAAUGGCGGCGUCUCUAUUUACUGUUAUUAUGUAUUUGGAACUGUCUGUGGACUCCGCUCUGUAUGUAUAUAUUAGUUUUGUAACAAUCGCCAUGCGUAUCUUAGUGUCAAUUACAAUGACGCGGUGAUUUGAAACGUUAACAUUCGCUUCGACUUAAAAACCUUAAUUUAUCAGGUAAAUAUUCCAAAUUCCUUCACUGCCAUUAUAUUUCUACAUCUCAUUUCUCAAAGCUGCUUCAUAAGACUUGACAACUCCAUUUUUCCCUAUAAUUCUUCACAAAACGGUUUCAUAAGUCGAAGCGAAAUUCAUCUUUGCUUAUGACUAUAAGUAAUUUACAUGUACUUACGUUACUAUAAGUAAAACAUAUGAUCUUCUAUUAUAUCAAAAUGGUAAAAUAAUUUUACCGUCACAUGUCUAUCUUUACUGGUAUCUAAAAUACAUAAUAUCGCAAGUUAUAAAUAAGGAUAAAAUAAACAAAUUACUGAGCCAUUAUAAUAUUAAGUUCAACGACAAAUGCUUAUCACUCAAACAAGUUAAUGUAAUAAAUUAUAAAAUUGGCAUCUCAAAAACAUUAUUUAGAAUAAGUGUAAAUCAAUUAUAAUCAAAUGUAAAAUAUACAAUUAGGUAUUCUUUUUCGAAUAACCGCCUUUAUAAUCCUAAUAUGAUAAUCAACUAGUAUAAUUAUUAUAAAACUUUUAGUCGUGAUUGGGAUUGUGGUAGCAAAUGUUUAGUGUAAUUGUUAGUACUAUUCGCAUUUUAGGAGAUGGCAACAUUUUAGUAGUAAAAUGUUGCCGUGUCAAAAUGGUAGUUUUUAUUUUCCUAUAGUUAAUAUUUUCAGCUCUACUACAUUCGCUUUCUAGCAUCUAUUUAUAAUUAAAUUUAGAUAAAAUCAACAUUUUUGUUUUUGUUGUUUGUGCGGUUUAUACAUUAAUGUUGUUCACAUAUCCUGAAAUACAUUUCUUGUUGUUUAUAAUGUUCGUUCCGUGCACGGAAGCAUUACGAGUGGUUAGUACAAAUAUCGUCUUUGUAGCUUUUAGUGCGGACUUGAUAGUGAAACUAUCUCGUUCAGUGUUGCAAUUCCUAGAAAUAUGUCGUGAAAUUUUGUUGCAUUUCGUUGUAACGGAUAACAAAUUAUAUUUUGGUUGAGAUAGUAACGUUAUUCCACUAUUGUGAGCUCGUUUUACAUAAUGUUACACAUGAACACAAAGCAAUGAGAAAAAUAAUGUGAUAUUGUAUUCUAAAUAUUAUAAUUUCUGUACUAAUAAUAAGACGUUUAACUGUAAAACAUUUUAUUAAUUUUUAUUGAUAUCUGAAAUUAAAUCUAUCAGAUGUGCGAUCUCUGUUAGGUCUUUAUAAUAUCGCCACUUGAAAAUAUCGAUUUCAAUUAACAAUUAACGUAUCAAAAAAAAAAUAACUUGAUCUUAACACAGAGAAAUAUGAAUUUAACGAAAUAAUACGUGGUUCUUGGAUUUAAUUAUUUUAUACAUAUUUAUUUCAGGCAAUUCUCAUAUUUAAUUGUAAGUUUUAAGUUCCGACUUGUUAUCAUAAUGAAAUAGAAUAUGCACUGUUUAAGUAAUAACAAUAAUUAUUAAUUGCCUAAUGUAAGGUGCCGUUCAGAACUCGAGAACUUGUACAUUGUUCAGUAUUAUCGCGAGAUGAUUCAAGUAAUUGGUGCCAUAACGCAUCUAUAAAUUCACUGAAAAUAUUCAUUAAUCUAUGUAACUUCAUGUAAUAUUUCAUAGUGGAGCUUCACGAAAUUAGUAACGUAACUGAAUUUUAGUAGGGCGGAUACUAAUUCAAACAAGACCAACAAAGUGCCCGUCAAUAUUGGUCAACUCCGGCGUAAAAUGAACUGUUAUAAUGAGAUUUUAAUAUAUCAAAAUAAGUAACCUUUUCUUUCGCUUUCGCUAAAAGUUUCUAAAAUAUCAUGUUAGCGCCAUUUUGUCAGAUAUUUUUCUUUUUAAAAUGAAGUUACAAACAAUACAAUUUUAGAUACAGUAGUCCACUCGCGUGCUGCUUCUAUCAUAAUCCUUUAUAGCGUUAUUUUAGUCGUUAGUCCCAUGUUAUAGUUGUAAGAUUUUUUAUUGGCAUGUUACUAGUGAUGAACAUCGCUUACAAAUGAUUUUAUAUAUUGUGAUUGUUUUGUGUACAGAUAUUUAUGCUUUAGUCGUGCUCCACGCGUAUACUUGCAAGAAAGCAUUUUGGUGUGUCUGAGUCAAACGAGGCUCUUAGUUAAACAACUAGAUAGAUGUAGGACAGAUUCUGAAAAUUCUAAAAGAUUGAAUGAAAAAAGGAUGGUUUCAAUUUUCUUGCAAGUCCUAAAGUUAUAGUGCAGGGCUUUGUACCUAAUACGAGUGUGAAAAAUAACCCGGUCCCAGGAAAAGUUUUAAAUAUGGAAGUAGUUAAGUAUUAAAUAAACUUUUGUGUCGCAAAAUCCUAGAUAUAAUGAAACAAAUUGGAAGCUGCUUCCUAGUAAUGAAUUAUGGAAAUAAAGUUAGCAUCCAUUGUCCAUGUCCAAGUGUAAAUACAAAGCCCCAUGAAUCAAAUUAUACAUGACAAAUGCUGGUGACAAGUACUUAGUACCUAUUUUAUGUAAUCGUUUAUUUAUCUGCUUUUAUUGGAUUGUAAUUAACAUAUCGAUGCUAUAUGCCUGGAAAAAUUGUUUUGUGUGUGCAAUAAAAUAAUAAGAUUGUUGCAAAUGUCCAAUACGAAUUUUGUAAAAGGUCAACGUUAGCCGUGUCGUCUGUAGGUUAAGCAUAAAGAUCUAAUUGUUUAUUUUACUUGUUUUAAUGUUUGAUAAUAUCAUUAUGAUAAUUUUAUUAAUUGAGGAUUUGUACGCGCUGUUUUGGUAAAUUUUGUACUCUUUCAUUUAGUCGACAUUAAGAACUUCUGAAGAAUAGAUUUAUUAACCUUUAUGAACCAUAAUCAUCUCAUAUUAUAUGUC